AUGAGCGAACAACAGAUCAUCUACCAAAUGGAGCCUGCCAGCCAAAUCGUCGACUUUCCCAUCAACGAGGACACCUUUUCCGUCUACUCGGACAACUCGAACCCCCGCUACUCCCCCUACCCCGAGAGCGCGCCUUCCAAGAGCGGUAGCUCCUCGAGAAGACGGCCCGGCCGGAACCCAGAAGUCCCCGACGAGGCGCUCGACCAAAUCGCCCUGGAACGACGAAACCGACGGCGCGAGCGCAACCGACUCGCUGCUGCGCGCUGCCGCGACCGACGACUUCGAAAAGUCGAAGAUCUCGAAGGCGAGCUGAGCCAGACCAAGAGCGAAAUGGAAGCGCUCAAGCGAGAGAACCAGCAGCUCAAGGAGCAGUUGGAAAAGAUCCGCUUCAACUUGGCGAUGAAUCACGGCGGCUCCAACCAGAGCCAACAGGCCCUCAAGAAGGAACAGGCCAAUUCGCCUCUUCUUUCCAACACUCAAACCUCCAAUAACACCGAGAGCGGCUACGCCUCGCCAGAAGAGUCCGUCGAGCUCGAAGAAGUCAAAGUGCCCACCACCACUUCCAGCAACGAAAAAGCGGCGAUGCUCGCGCCCAUCCAAAUCGUCAAGCAAGAGCCAGCAGGGCACUACCACUCUGGCCCUCUUUCCGCGUUCUUGAUGACUCCAAACGGCGGCUUGGCGCUGACCCCGCUCCUCCACGGCAGCUUCGCCUUUCCAGCUUCAGACGCGAACGCUUCCGAACUCUUCAACGCCGAGUUUUGUCAACUUUGA